GGAACGGGGUCGUCGGCGCUCAGAGCCCUGCUAAGGCCAGUCAGCCACCAGCCGCUCAGCGUCCGAUCCCGCUGGGCCUCCUCGACGCGCUCCGCCAGCGACCGACGGAACGCGGAACCCGGCGCAGCGCGCAGCGCGGAUGGCGGUGACAGUGACCGUGGAGCCCGCGGGCCACUGCUGCUGGGACGAGCCGGUGCGCAUCGCGGUGCGCGGCCUGGCCCCCGAACAGCCGGUCACGCUGCGCGCGUCCCUGCGCGACGAGAAGGGGACGCUCUUCCGGGCCCACGCGCGCUACCGCGCGGACGGCGGCGGCGAGCUGGACCUGGAGCGCGCGCCCGCGCUGGGCGGCAGCUUCGCGGGGCUCGAGCCCAUGGGCCUCAUCUGGGCCCUGGAGCCCGAGAAGCCUUUCUGGAGGUUCCUGAAGCGGGACGUGCAGACGCCCUUCGCGGUGGAGCUGGAGGUGCUCGAGGGCCACGAGCCCGAGCCGCGGCGGGUCCUGGGCCGGGCGGUGCACGAGCGCCACUUCCUGCGGCCCGGGGUGCGGAGGGAGCCCGUGCGCGCGGGCCGCGUGCGCGCCACGCUCUUCCUGCCGCCGGGACUUGGACCUUUCCCAGGAGUCAUUGACAUCCUGGGCGUAGGAGGGGGCCUGCUGGAAUACAGAGCCAGCCUUCUGGCUGGUCAUGGUUUUGCCACCUUGGCUGUAGCUUAUUAUGAAUAUGAAGAUCUCCCCAAGACAUCUGACAACAUAUUCCUGGACUACUUUGAAGAAGCCCUGAACUACAUGCUUCAACACCCCCAGGUGAGAGGCCCUAAUAUUGGACUUAUUGGCUUCUCCAAAGGCGGUGACCUGUGUCUCUCCAUGGCCUCCUUCUUAAAGGGCAUCACAGCCACUGUACUUAUCAAUUCCUGUGUGGCAAAUUCAAUGACUGCUCUGCAUUACAAGGAAAUGACUAUUCCUUCUCUUGGCAGUGACCUAAGCAAAUGUACAGUCACUGAUUCAGGCUUUCUGGAGGGUUUGCAUAUUUGGAAUAACCCACUGGAAAAGCCUAACCACCAAAGUUUCAUACCACUGGAAAAAGCUCAAGGGCCCUUCUUGUUUAUUGUUGGCAAGGAUGACUGUAACUGGAAGAGUGAGUUCUAUGCUCGUAUAGCCUCUGACCGGUUACAGGCCCAUGGAAAAGACAGACCCCAGAUAAUCUGCUACCCAGGAGCUGGUCAUUAUAUUGACCCACCUUAUUUUCCUGCUCACAUAGCCUCAGUGCAUCCAGUUUUGGGCCUACCAGUGUUCUAUGGAGGUGAGCGAAGGGCUCAUGGAAGAGCACAGGUGGAUGCCUGGCAGCAAAUUCAAACCUUCUUCCAUAAACAUCUUGAUGCUAAACAAUCCUUUAAGCACAGCAAAUUAUAAUAUUAUAAUCAUUGACUUUCAAAACUAACUCCCAUUGAGUUCAUUCUGACUCAUAGAGACCCGAUAGGACAGGGUAGACCUGCCUCUGUGAGUU